AUGGCCGCCACCGACAGCAACAAGGCCCAGACCAAGUGCGUCACUCCAGAUAUCAACAAGGAGUACGGCCAUCCCGACGGCAACACUGGCAGUGAUGUACAAGUCAAGGACAACGGUCAGGCGGGUAACAACGACGAGGGCAACGGCGAGCAAUCCGAUGAUGUCGACAUGGACAGCCACGAUACCGACUCACACGACGCGUACAUCAAGAAGUACAAGGAGCUCAAGAGUCAGCUGCGAAUGCAUUUCAGCAACAACAACAAGGCGCAAUUUGAUCACAUCCAGCAGGAAUUCCGCGAACAUGGCUUGCUUGCUGAAUUGGAGGCCGAACUGCUUCAUCUGAACAUUGCAGCAGCAUUAGUCGCUCUCAGCCGCAGCGGUACUUAUUAUCGACGCGUUCCUCGCCGCCGCACUGCCCAGGUUCUACAUCAGCCGUCUGCCCAAUCAUUCUACGCACACUUGGUCCGUUCGAACAACGCUGCCGGCGGCCCAUCUACUUCUGGACCGGCCAGUACAGCUGCGACAAAUCGAGCGGCUCCUUCGGCCCAACACGGUGCGACCGCGUCAUCAGUCGCCGUGCUACCUCCGGUUCCUGUUCUCUCAGUCUCAUCGUCAACAAAUCUCAACCUCCUCCCCGUCACUCCGCUGGAUAUCUCUGAUAACGCUAACCUUGGAAAUGGUAAUGGAGCCUUGAACGGUCCCAACAAGACUCUGUACCUCAAGGCGCCACCCCCAAGCCUCAACUUCAACCUGCUCGCUUUCGAUAUCACUAUCAUGGAGAUGGCUACUCUUUGGGCGCGAGGCCUUGACGAUGUUCCUGACAUUGCGACGAAAGCCGACAGGCUCCGUAGUACCUUGACCAAGAUGAGUCGAGAGGACUACGGACCUCUCGUUGCCGACAAGUCUGCCUCCUCUUGGGUCCCUGCCCCUAGUAUUUUCACCGGUGGCGUACAAAAUCUGAUGGCAGAUGUACAACUACUUCGACUUCGCCACGAACUUGCUGAGGGCCGCGCUCCUCAAGGUCAGCAUCGUGGUCGUCUCACCAUCGCCAUCGAGCAUGCAGAAGCCAAUCACCAUUGGGGUGUCAUGCUAAGCCAGGUCGAUGAGUACAUUCAGCAGUGCAGGCUCCCCGUACCUGCGCCCCUCGCUGCGAAUGCCGACGUGGAAGCCAGCAACGACUUCAAGGUCACGUGGCGCACGGCUCACCCCCCUCCACCCCGUAAGGCUCGCAAGGUAUGA